AUGCACUCCUUCGAGGUCGCCGUCAUUCUCGCGGCCGUCGGCGCUCUCGCCCAGACAAGUACAGAACACAACGCCGCCAUCGUCACAGACAGCCCCGUCGAUGCCCGGUACAUUGCCAACUUCGAGGGCACCAUCACUGGCCGUGUUCUUGCCGGUUCGGAUGCCUUCGGAAUCGGCGUGACCUUCCAUAUUGACGUUUCUGGCCUUUCCGAAACUGAUGGCCCUUACAAUUACCACCUUCACGAGUUCCCUGUCCCCGAGGACGGUGACUGCGCCGGCACCGGUAGCCACCUUGAUCCUUUCGGUCGGACGCAGGAACCCCCCUGCGAUGGCGAUUGGCCCGAGACUUGCGAGGUUGGCGAUCUUUCUGGGAAGCACGGUACGAUUGAGGGUACGAGCGAUUCGUACAGCUUCCAUGAUCUCUUCACCUCUCUAAACCCAGCUAGCGACGCUUUCUUCGGUGACAAGUCCAUCGUCAUCCACAACAAUAACGGCACUCGCGUCGCUUGUGCUAGCUUCGCCCCCGUCCCCAAGGAGAACAACGGCGAGGAGCCUGUUGAGGUUGUUCCCGAGGAGCCAGUGGAGGAGCCUGAACCUGAGCCUGAGGAACCAGUGGAAGAGCCUGCACCUGAACCCGAGGAACCAGUUGAGGAACCCGAACCCGAGCCGGAAGAGCCUGUUGAAGAGCCAGCACCUGAGCCCGAGGAACCAGUUGAGGAAGAGCCCAAGCCUGAAGAACCUCCCGCCGCCGAUGACGACGAAUGUGAAGCUGAGCCCGAGGAACCCGCUCCCGCAGAACCCGCCCCCGAACCCCCAGUCGAGGAUGAGGAUGAAGAGUGUGAAGCUGAGCCCGUAGAGGAAGAGCCCGGCGAAGUCGUCCCAGAGGAGCCUGAGGAGGGUGGUGAGGUCAAGCCCGAUGUACCCGCUGAUGGCGACGAUGUUGCUCCUGACGUCCCAGACGGUGGUGAUGAUGUUGUCCCCGAUGAGCCCGAGGAAGGAGGAGAGGCCGCUCCUGACAAGCCUGUUAUUAUUGUGGUUGGACCUAUCGAGGGCGGGGAGGAUGGGGAGGAUGGCAUGAAGUUGGGUCCUUGA